ACAAGAUGAACUGGUACAGAGAGACAGGAAACACAGGGAUAUAUUCACCAGGGAAAAUAAGCGACACUUGGAGGGGGUGGAGACAAUCACAAGACAAGUGAAACAGAUCAGGGUGUGACAAAUACAACCAACAGACGUUAUACAUGACAAGCCUACAGUUGCAUUGAUUGACAUAUUCUCAUUAAACCUCUCUCUCAGCAAUGAGCAACAGCCUCAAGACACAGACACACACACACACUGUAUUUACGUGCUUUCAACACACACACACACAGAAAGAAAGAGAUAAUUAAUUAGGUACAUUUUUUUCUUCGAGAGACAAAAUCCCGUUCGGAAACUUUGCAAUCUGCCUUACUGUGCUUUACCUUACUGUACUUUCGGUUUCAAUUCAGGCAUUCUAGCCUACACACCGAACCGCAAUGGCGUUGCUACAUGAAGAACUUCUUACAGAUAUCGGAAAAUGUCUCACAUGUUCAAUAUGCUUUGACAUUUUCACUGAUCCAGUGACUUUAACUUGUGGCCACAGUUAUUGUAUGAAAUGUUUAGAGGAUUAUCUACGUGGAAGAGCGAAGACGAGGAAGGAUUGUCCCGAUUGCAGAGGAAAAAUUCGACCAGGUUUUAAACUGCAUAAGAAUUUUACACUUUGUAACAUCGUGAAUGUUCAUUACGACCAUAAACGUUUUGUAUCCACUGAAGAAUUUACAAAAGGACAUGAAAUGGUAGCGGACUUCAAAGAGGAUAAAGCUGAAGAAUGUGUAGCCUCCCACUCACAACAGACUGAUAUCAACAGACCAUCUGAGCUGGGAAGUACUAUUCAACAGCAACAGAUGGAGGACCCUGUUGUUAUAAAUGACACAAGCUCAGAAGUGACAGAUGACAGGUGUCCUGAUGUCCCAGCCUCCCAUGAUGGUCGGGUUCAGGAGUUGCCCAUCUCCCCUCCAUCAAAUGACAGACACAGGGCUGAAGCAGGCUUUGCCCCUCCACCCCAUCCCCUGCCUGGGGUCAGCUUCUCCUGGCUCACCUUCAACCCAGCCCUAGGCCACAGGCACCUGACCUUCAUACCCGAAGAGCACAGAGUGGUUACCAAGAGGACGUCCUCCGCAUGCCACGAGGGCCGCUUUGACAUCAGCCAGUGGAUGGCGGAGCAGGAGUUCAGUGAAGGCUGCCACUAUUGGGAUGUAGAUACGUCUGCGAGCGUGGGCUGGGCCAUCGGGGUUUCCUACCCCAGCAUCAGCCGCAGAGAUCAGCUGGGUCGCACAGCCAACUCCUGGUGCCUGGAGUGGAGCAGGGACAAGCUGUGCUACUGGCACGAUAACAUAGAGGAGUUUAUCAAACAUGGCUGCCCCAGUAUCGUUAGACUUGCUCUGGAUGUGACGAACGGGACCUUGUCAUUUUAUAGCCUGUCUGACAGUCAGACUCUGCUGCAUUGUGUGGAGGAGGGAUUCACAGAGCCAGUGAGGCCAGUGUUCUGGCUGUUUGGGCUGAAGCUAAACAAUGCUCUGUCCUUUCCUCCUUGUUUGUCAUAAGGAUAUGUGAGGAUGGGGACAACAUAAAGAGUUGUCUGUUCACGAAUUAGAUAAAUAAAAUAUUGAGUAAUUAAUAUAUUUAGCACAAUAUUCCUAUUAGAGGUCAAAAUAAAAUGACAAUCACCAAUA